GAUGUUCGUCAGCAGAACAUUUCUGAUCUUUACUGCUGUCGUUUUAUUUUCCGUCGGGAGCCUCCUGUUCGCCUCCUACAAAGGAGCGCCUUCAGCCGCGCCGAGGUGCUCCGUCCCGGCGCUCACGUCCGCGCGCAGUACAGCCGCUUCGUCAGUACCAGGCAGACGAAGUGCGACAACCUGGCGCAGUUAGGAGGCUGGCUCGGUGCUCCUGAAGACGGCAAGAAGAUGGUGUGUCUGGACGCGAGGUUCGACAUCCGGGCAGGAGAAUGCGUCGUGUUGUCCUUCGGGAUAAAUAACGAGUGGUCCUUCGAGGAUGACGCCGAGAGGCUGGGUUGUAAGGUGUACGCCUUCGACCCCACCAUGGGCAUGGAGGACCACCACAGGACACCUAACAUCCAGUUCUUCAAGCUUGGCAUCUCGGACGUCAGAGGAGAAAAGAGGAUUGGCAUGAACCCAGAAGCGUGGGAUUUCAAUUUUCACAAAGCGUUCCCGGUCGACCGCUACGAGAACAUCGUCCGGCGCCUGGGACUCGAAGACCGCGUCAUCGACUACGUCAAGAUGGACAUCGAACUCGCCGAGCUGGACGUCCUGCGCGACCUGCUGGACAACUCGCCUCACCUCCUCAGGAACAUCAACCAACUGGCUAUAGAGAUCCACCACGAUUAUGUAUUCGGAGAUUUCGGGCCCGACAGCACCGUGCGAAAGUUCUGGCCGUUUUACCACAGACUUCGCUGCCUCGGCUUCUCCAUCAUGACCACCCAGGCGUCUGUAUUUUGGCGAGAAGUGGUGUGGGCGCGGGACACUGCAGGGCAUCUUUGGGCAGAAUGAAAGCAGUGACGAGUGAUAUGUGGCAGUGAAAAAAAA